GGCGCUGCGCUGGCGCGCGCUCACAGCCUUUCCCCGCGGGCUGGGCGGGCGGCGGCGCCAUGGGCUGCUGCUUCUCCCGCCGUAGCAAGCCGGCCCAGGGCGGCCAGCAGCCCGCGGCGGCGGGGGCAGCCGGCCAAGAUGCAGCGGCCGGAGGGGAGAAGGCGCCAAAGUACAGCUGGGACCAGCGAGCUAAGAUUGACCCCAAAGAUUAUACCUUUUCUGGACUUAAAGAUGAAACUGUGGGUCGACUGCCUGGAAAAGUAGCAGGGCAACAGUUUGUCAUUCAGGACUGCGAGAACUGUAGUAUCUACAUAUUUGACCAUUCUGCUACAAUCACUAUUGAUGACUGCGUAAACUGCCAGAUCUUUUUAGGACCAGUAAAAGGCAGUGUGUUUUUCCGUGACUGCAAAGACUGUAAAUGCAUAGUGGCCUGCCAACAGUUUCGUACACGGGACUGCAGGAAGUUGGAAGUAUUCUUGUGCUGUGCCACCCAGCCCAUUAUAGAGUCCUCCACAGGUAUGAAAUUUGGAUGUUUCCAGUACUAUUACCCUGAGCUUGCUUUACAGUUCAAAGACGCUGGACUGAGUAUCUUCAAUAACACAUGGAGCAACAUCCAUGACUUUACCCCUGUGUCAGGAAAUAAUAAUUGGGACCUUUUGCCUGAGAAUGCUGUAGUCCAAGAUUAUGUUCCUCUUCCCAGCUCUGAGGAGCUGAAAGCUGUCAGAAUUUCUACUGAUGCUGCAAAGAGCAUAAUACCAGUGACUCGAGGGCGGAGAGAGAAGAGCAGCGAUGAAUUGUGUUUGGCCGUGUUCUUUGCUGGUGAUUACACAAUUGCAAAUGCCAGGAAGUUAAUUGAUGAGAUGACUGGUAAAGGCUUUCAGCUGGUGCAAACUAAAGAAGUCUUAAUGAAGGCAGAGGAUGCUCACAGAGUUUUUAAGCAGUGUGCAUUAGAAUGGAUUCCGUUGCUUGAAAAAGGUCCAGUGGUUGCUUUGGAGUUCAAUGGAGAUGGCGCUGUGGAAGGAUGUCGAAGCACUGUAAAUGAUGUUUUUAGUGGGACCAAGGUUUUUGUAUCGGAGAGCAAGGCAACAGCGUCUCAAGAUGUAGACAAUUUCUACAAUUUUGCUGACAUGCAGAUGGGGAUGUGAAGUUUAACAUCAUGUGUGGUUUGUCUUGGCACCUGGAUGUCACUUGGCUUGAAUUUGGCAAUAGUAUCUGAGAAUUUUUUUUCUUUCAUUUGGUUUUGUAUUUCUUUUAUAAAGCUAUUUGUGGUUUUAAUACCAUAUUACCUGAACUGGAGUAAAUGGCAUAGUUCCCCCUAUGUAUUAUUUGAAACAUGUAUUUCAAGUCCAGUGACAGUGGAGGUUUUCUACUAACUUUUAACCAUGAUUUCUAAAUGUCUAUUGGCAGUUGAAUAUUCCUUGUCAACAUGUAAUGGUAAUCAUUUGAAAAGUGCAAUGCUGAUUUAAAUUUGAUGCAAUAGCAAAUGUUCUCUUGAGCUCAGACACAUUUAUGUGAAACUCACUGUUCAAAACUUUCCCAUGUGCAUAUCUGUCUUCACUGAGGGCCAGGGAGAAAGUGGUAGUCGUUGACUUUUUAUGAAGGUCUAGCCUGAAAUGAGUUCUUUAGAGUAUGCUUUCAGAAGUGCUGUGUGACUUAACAGAUGUACAUCUAGCUUGUUCUGCUUCAGCACCUUUUUUGAACAAAAUAGUUUGCAGCAGCACUUAUGCUGAGACUUUUCAUAACAGCGUUCUGGUAAAUGAGCACUCACCAGGCUCGUCUGCUUUAAGGUGAAUUCUGGUUAGGAGUGCUCUGCCGAAGAUGCUCUAAGGUCCACUCAGAGUCUCUGGUGAUACAGAUGCCUGUGGUAUUCCCAAAUUGUAUAUGGGAUAUACAUGAUGUUCCCUUGGACCUGCAUCAAUAAGCUUCUGGCACCAUUGUUUGCUAGAACAGUCAUACAGCAAACAGGAGUCAGAUAAAGGCAUUAAAAAAAAUUUUACUAGACCCUAGGAGAAGGCUUUUAGACUCAGUAGCAGUACUGAAAGUUUGGUUGUGAAGUACUAUACACUGUUAAAGAGUUUGUUUUGCAUUAAUUCUGAAAAUGAAAUGAAGUGCUACUAGCAUUUUGGGAGAUGCUUUUGAAUAGUGGUAAGGAUGCUUAUUGCUAUACAGUGCAUAUUAGAAGGCAAAUCUACAUGGAUAUUAAGUACUUCAUUGAUGGAAAGAUUUUUUUUGUGUAUUGAAUCUUUACUGCUUUUUCUACAUGAACUUGUGUCCAGGUUACAAGCCUUCUGUAAUGAUCACAAACAGAUCAUGCACGCAGAUGCACAAAAUUAAAGUUCUUAAUUAAAAUGGUGGGUUUGCAGUUUAUAUAUCCUUAACAAUCCAUUGAAUGCACUGGGACUGUGUUGAGGUGCUAAAACAAUUUCCUCACUGUGGUCAUUUGUCAGAAGGGAAGACCUUGUGCAUCUUAACUGAAAAUGAGUCUCGACUCAUCAGUUUCUUAGCUCUGGAGCUCCGAAAGAGGGUGGCUAAAAGCACAUCUCUCUAAUUUUUUAGAAUUAGCACAUGAAAGAAUCUUUUCUCCUGAAAUUCAUAAUUUUGUCAUGUCCAGGAGAUGUUCUGAGCUGUCAUUUUGUUCCUACCAGACAAAUGCUUGCCCUUAGUUUAAGCUGCAAGUUGUGAGUAUCUCCUGAAGUCACUAAGCCAUUGGUGUAGUAAAGGUUAGAAAAAUGCGACUUCCAUGAAAUGUUUUUAUUUGACAAAGUGAAAUAAAAUCAAACUGCCACCAGAAUCUGGCUGGCGGUGGAAAUUAUCACUUAUUUGCACUUAGGCAGCCAGGACUUUUUAUAUGUGUGAGGAAAGCCAGUGGAAACAGCUAAAAAUCUGAGAUCAUCUCCAAAGUACAAGCGCAGCUCACAAACAUUUGCAAGAAUUAUUGUAGACACGUACAGUAAAAGUACACUUUUGAUAUGGGCAGUACUUCAAAACUGUGUAAUGCACUUCAGAGCAGCCAUUGUGUAGUUUAUCUAAGCAGUGCAUAUAUUGGACCAUCUUGGUCUCUAAACUUUUAUAUAUAUUUCCAAACUUACGUGCUGAUACGAUUCUAUGUAUGUUUAUAGUUUAUUUUUGUAUCAUCAACUCAUUCUGGAAACAAAGUGCUACUUUUGUGACUACUCUUGCUGGAGGGCAGGAUGAUUAACUGAAAAUUAAUCUAGGCUUGAAAUAGUGGGGAAAUUUUUCUACAUGCUAGGGAAGAGCAGUGUGUUGCUUUUCCCUUCUGCUUACCAACACUGAGUUUUUAAUUCAAAAAAUCCUAAACAAUGAAGGACUUUUUCAAUCCAAUUGUCUUUUGACUUCAAUUUCUUGCUAGUAGGUGUUAAGAAUACUUCUAGCCUAAUCAUCAGGUUUUGUAUGUGUUACAGAAUGGUACAUGCUUCGUGUAGUCUUUGUAUGUUUGUUGUAUAGCUUUUUAUGUAAUUUGUAUUGCACUGUGAAUGUGAUUCAUAAUAAACACUGAAAAUCUA